UCACGGGAUAUCUGAGCUUGAGUAGUACAACCUGGAGAACACUCAGUGCGACGGUUCGCUAUUCGCGUCUCUGUCAUGCUACCAGGACUACGAAGUUACGAACAAACAUCUUAGUGUUCAAUUAUAUUUAUUUGGGUAUUACUGUUUGCCUUCAAAGAACAGGAAUGUGUUAACAGCGUCGGAUCAAUUAAGGGUGUCUGCUGACAUAGAGUGUGAACGGGAUAUACAACUCACAAACAGAUGGCGCUGAGAAAGAGAAGCUUGAGAAAGGAACCCUCGUUACAGAAGAGGGACUUCAGCGAGGCAGAACUUAAAGAUUUGAGGACAGCAUUUGGACUGCUGGACAGGAACAGAGAUGGGAGGGUGACGGCAAGUGAGCUGCAGUUCAUGCUGCAAAACCUCGGCAUUCAAGUUCGAGACGAACUCAUAAAUGACCUCAUCAAUGAGGCCAGCCAUUCAGGCAAUGGCCUGAUUGACGAAACAGAGUUCCUGCAGUGGGUGAGCCGUAUCCAGGCUCUGAGCCAGGACACCAGUGCAGACGAUGCAGAUGACAUCACAAAGGACCUGAUAGCUGCCUUCCGUGUAUUUGACCGUGACUGCAAUGGAUACAUAACAAAGGAUGAACUGAAGACAGCCAUGGACAUGAUUGGAGAGAGUGUAACAGAUGUACAAUUGAAUGAACUGUUGGCGAUUGCUGAUAUUGAUCAUGAUGGAAAGAUAAACUAUGAAGAAUUCGCAAGAUUACUCUUAUGAAGGGCAGCAGACUGGCUGCAUAGUCUACCAAUGUGCAAGGCAGUCUGGUACCACAGAAAUGUGCAAAGUAUAUGUUGUGAUGAAGUAAACGAUAAAUGUUGUUCUCACGUUCACAGGAAAUGGAAAUCCUAUAUGUUUUCUUUGUAGAGACACGUUUGUAAUGUAUGUCUGUGUGUUGGUAAGUUAUUUUUUGUACCAAUAUUGGAUCUUUUUUUUAUAUAUUUUCUAAUAAGUUUUGUUACAUAGCUACAAAUACAUGCAGUCAUGUAAAUCAUGUGAUGAUACUGGCCUUAUAUGUGGUGACAAAAGCAGGCCACAAAAGUAAAACUGGUCCAUUGUUAUAUUGGCAAUGUCUUUCAUUUAUGAAAAGAAAAUUAUGUGAAUUUGUAAUAUCGGCGUUCAUUGUUGCCCUCUGUGUUAAGUUGAAACUUUUUAUAAGUUGUCAUUAAUAAAUGCCAUGAUGCAAU